AUGUGAGGCAACAACUUCAAGAAUCAAUGUUAGUUGGUGUGAAUUAGUGUUUAGAAAAAGAUUACUGGAUAAAAAGGGUGGAAAUGCUAAUUUGAUCUCUUCAGGAAACAUAUCUUUAUCUUGGUGUUAAAUAUCUAUGGAUAGUAGAUUAUUACUGCAAUAUACCCUUUUGUGUGAUAUUGCAUCAGUUCAUCCAGAGGAAAUGGUAAAACGGAUUCUUAUAUUGUAAUUCAGUAUAUGUAGUAGUUGAAAGAAGAUAGGUGGUAGUUCAAAGCAAUAUAAUUAUUUAUGCGUAUGUAUAAAUGCACAGAAAUGCAUGGAUGGAGCUAAAAAGGAAUUCUACAUCCGACAAUGAGGUUGACUUAACAUUGCAAAUUUUAGUCUAUGCGUGGAAGUUUUCUAUGCCUUAAAUAAUCCCACCUUUGACUUUGCCAAUGAUGAAAAUCAACUAAUCUAGUUUGAUAAAUAAUUUUCAUGUUAGCUACUCUGGAGUUAUGUAGUUGACUGUCUGUAGUAUCUUACCUGUUCAUAUAAAAACAUGGAAGAAAUCCAGGUGACCUUUCAAAAAGUCAACAAUUAAUGUCAAAAAAUUGGUGUCUAAUAAUACUGCUUUCCUUUUUUUUUAAAUAGAUAAAUCUCAGAAAUAUAUUUCUAAUAAGCUUUGUAAAUAUGUGAAUUGGUGCACGUCUUUUUCAUGUUUUUUUUUUAAAUAAAAUUUAUCAUUGUAUGAGGCAAUAUGUUGACAUCGUAGGCAAUUAAUUGAUUAGUAGAAGUGUGAAAAGGCUGGAAUAUGAAGUGCUAAUCAUCGACACCGCAAGUUGGCUUUUGUUUUCAGGUCCAAUUAAUGGCACUAUUGAUGCAAGCGUCAGACAAAGACUUGUAUUAAUUACUUUUAUUAUUAGCAGCAGUAGCAGUACAACUUUUACUAUUAGGAUGUUGAUAUGAUGAAAGUGAAAUAUGAAGCAUAAGAUUUUUUUUAAAUCUGACCUAGUUUUGAUCAGACAGUCAUCCCCAUCUUUCAAAGGACUGCAUGUUAAUGGUGAAACAUCUUGCAGAAUAGGGCACCAUCUGAAAUUUAACAAUUUGAAUUCAAGCUUGAUUCUGAGGCUUGUAUUUGCACAGCAUUAUUUUUUUUUUCAAAUGAAAAUCAAUUAGCAAGCUAAUUAACAUAGAAGUCAUAAUUAGCACUUUACUAAUUAAGCUUUCCUUGUAAUUCUACAAACAACUAUCCAUGGAAGUUUCCUUGAAGCUUAGCUACUACAGAUUUAAGCAUAUCCAUCAUCAAUCUUUCUCUCGCAUCGUCAUCCCUUGUGCUUAUCCCCACUGUCUUUUUACAACAUUUGAGUCCCUGUUGGUGUCUUGAGACAUCCCCCAUAGAUUCCCAAAGUUAGCCAAGGACAAGAAGAAACGUACAAAGUCUCCAAUUUUAUUUACUUAAUUCUCUUGUUAUGCCGAUGAUAAUUGCCUUUACGCUUGUUGUACUCCAUCUUUUAGAAAAUUGUCCCCUACACAGGUCAAUGCAAGCUUUAGUUUGCUUGCUUUAAUGGUUAUAGAAAUUACACCUUUCCUUUUGUUAUUUUCUUCUGUAGUGCUCGACAAGAUGUGAAGCAGAUCUCCAUCCAUAAAGAGAGUUAAUUGUUUGAAUAAAAAAAGUGAUGGACUUUUGGUGGAAUGAUUGGUAUAUCUCAAUUACUAAAUCAUAUAUUCUCUGUCUCAGCAGCUGCAUGGCCAGAGGUCUUUUUUAAUACCUGUGAAUGCACUCGGUUCCUUUUUGACCUCCAAAUCUUAAUGAUAUGUAUAUGCAAUUAAAUACUCGAAUAUAUAUAUAUAUUGGGCUCAUGUUCCUCUGUCCACACUGUUAAUGGUGUUGUGUGUAUGCCCUUGAUACUUUUACACCUUUCUGAAGCUUUUGUAUAGCCAAUUAAUGGAAAGCACUGGUGUUGUAUGUAUGCUCUGUAGAAACUAAAGCAGUCAUAUUCAUAUAUCAUUAUAAUCUCCGUUAGUCUUUCAGUCUAAUCAACAAUAAACAAACACUAACUUUUGGCUAAUCCGCAAUGCGAUGUUAGGUGGGAUCAAGGCAAGUCUUCUCUUUGCCGGUUAUGAUUAUUAAUAAUAGCUCCUGUCUUGCGAGUUGCGACUUUGGAAGAGAGGCCCGAGCACUAAUGGCGCAUGUCAUGGACUUGGUCAACAAUAUUAUGCCAGAUUUGAGAUCGAUUAAAUAAAAAUAUUUCACGUUGAAAUUGCUACAAAGGAAGAGAGCAAGAGAAAGAGAUGGGGAGGGCUCCCUGUUGCGACAAGGCGAAUGUCAAGAAGGGACCAUGGUCAGCCGAGGAGGAUGCGAAGCUCAGAGCUUACAUCGAAACGAAUGGAACUGGAGGCAAUUGGAUUGCCCUCCCUCAUAAGAUUGGUCUGAAGAGAUGUGGAAAGAGCUGCAGAUUGAGAUGGCUUAAUUAUCUGAGGCCUAAUAUCAAACACGGCGGCUUCUCUGAAGAGGAAGACCAAAUCAUACUCAGCCUUUACAUAAGUAUUGGAAGCAGGUGGUCAAUCAUGGCAGCACAGCUGCCAGGGAGAACAGAUAAUGACAUCAAGAACUACUGGAACACAAAGCUGAAGAAGAAACUUCUUGGCGACUACAGGAAAAUUAAUAACAGAUCAAAAAUAUCUCCUCAGUAUUCUCCAAUCAACCAAGAACACUCCAAUUUGCAGGGAGCAUUAAUAAACUCGGAAACCCUGAUCAGCGCAUCGACUGUGGAGAGGAUACGACUCCAAAUGUGCUACAUGAACAAGGGCAACAACGACAGUGCAUUUUGGCCUAUCUGCCAUGUCCAAGAGAGCCAACUUACCAAUUUGAUCACCUCUCCAAAGUUUGUGCAACAACAUGUGAAUCCCAAUGAUACAGUGUUCGAAUCAUCUCAGAUCAGGCAGGAAGUAGCUUUGCAGAAUUUGCAUGAAGAUACGAGUGGUUCGACGAUAGGGUUUUCGAUGCAGGAAGAGAAUGAUCAGCUGCGGGAGUUGGAUUGCUUCAAGGAAUUACUAGAGAAGGAGAGUAUGAGUUGGUGGUCGAGUGAAGUGAAGGAAGAAGCAAUGUUUAGCUGCUCAGCUGAUUCUUUAUUGCUUCAAGAGUGCAUGAGAUUGUGAUCUGGACUCUAGAGAUUGCUGUCUAGUAAAUUUUGUUUCUUUUCAAUUUAUUGUGCAAUCAUUAACAUAUCUCUGCCUUGCCAAUGAUAAAACAUAAGAUAAAAUGAUUGUUGGAGUAAAUUAAUAUUUUUAUGGAAA